GGGAAUUUGUUUGUAGUAUAUGUUUAAUAAAAGUGUUCUCAAUAUUAAUAUUUAGAGGGAUUUUUAUAUUGAUAUUUUUCAUUUGUUUCCGAUCAUUUUUGAUACACAGAAAUGACAUUUCUGUUGUUCCGUACACUUAUACUAGCCACACUGUACCAAUGUUUUUAUGGCGAUCCAAACUUUGUACUAAUUCUAACAGAUGAUCAAGAUUUAUUGUUAGACUCAAUGAGUGCGAUGGAAAAUACCGUUAACUUAUUAGGAAAUAAUGGAAAAACGUUUCAAAAUGCUUUUGCGAAUACCCCUAUCUGUUGUCCAAGUAGAAGUACCAUAUUGACAGGAAAAUUCGCGCACAACACUGGAGUUGUAAAUAAUUCUGUAAACGGAAACUGUUCAAGUCACAUAUGGCAGGAAAAUCAUGAGCCUAAUAAUAUCGCCGCUAUUCUCAAUAGGAAUAAAAACUACGUUACAUACUAUUCUGGAAAAUAUUUGAAUAUGUAUGGGUCUGAAGAAGUCGGAGGUACCAAACGUGUUCCAGAAGGAUUUGAGUGGUGGGUAGGUUUGAAAGGAAGCUCAGUCUAUUAUGAUUAUACGUUAUCAAUUAAUGGAACAGAACAUCAUUAUAAUGACAAAUACUUAACAGACGAUUUAGCAGAGCACUCUAUCAAAUUUUUGGAACAGAGGGCAACCGAUAGGCCAUUUUUUAUGGUUAUAGCACCACCAGCUCCGCAUUCUCCUUUCACACCUGCAGAACGACAUAAAGAUAAGUAUGCGGGAACUAAAGCUGUUAGAAGUCCAUCUUUCAAUCAUUCAGGACUAGACAAACACUGGUUGAUACGGAUGCCUCCAGAAUAUUUACCAGAUGAUGUAGAUGUACUUGAUAAGGCACAACAGCACAGAUUGGAAUCAUUGUUAUCUGUUGAUGAAUUAGUAAAAGGUCUCGUUUCCAAACUGGAAAUAUUGGAUUUAUUGAAGGAUACUUAUAUUAUCUUCACGUCAGAUCAUGGAUUCCACAUAGGACAAUUCAGUCAAGCAGUGGACAAAAGACUGCCCUAUGAAACAGACAUUCGAGUACCUUUCAUCAUAAGUGGACCCAAUAUACCCGCCAAGUCAUUAGAAACGUUCCCAAUAUCUGCCGUGGAUAUUGCUCCUACUAUAAUAGAUUUGGCGAAUAUCGAUGUACCAUCUUAUAUAGAUGGAACAAGUUUCAAAAAACAAUUGUUCGAAGAACAAUCUGGUCCUUUCAAUAAAACUAUACUCAUUGAAUAUACGGGACUGGCAACUCCGAGACAUGAUGAUAGAUGUCCUUGGAAUGAUUCAAAUUUAAGUGGAUGUUCUCCGGAGUACUGGUGUAAAUGUAAUGACGCAAGAAAUAAUACAUACACUUGUGUAGUUGAACUGACAGAGUCUCAAGGAUUCAAAUUUUGUAGUUUCAAGGACGAUGAGCAUUUCAUCGAAGCAUACGAUUUAACAGAGGAUCCAUUUGAGUUGAAAAAUAUGGCAAAUGAAUUGAACAGUGGAACAAAACAACACUAUUUAUCGAUUAUUGAAAAUCUGGGAAAAUGCCAAGGCACUGAGUGUCGAAAAAUGAUAUAAAAGAUUUCAUUCAAAAACACAAUUGAAUAAAUUUCUUUAAAAAAUUCAAUUAUAUUUUAGAUUUGUUGUUAAAAUAUUGAGUAAAUUGUAUCAAAUUUUA